AUGGCGGCCCCAGUUGCAAAAAAGAGCGGAAAGAUUAACCUCAAGGACUACCAGUCAGACGCGUUCUGCAAGCAGCUCCAGCCCCUGGUUUCGAAGCUGAACGAGGACAUAACCGACAUCAAGCACGAUGUCAAGAGCCUUGGGCUUACCCUGGGGCAAAUGUUGCAGUUCCAGGAGGACGCCCUCGGCGCGAAUUCCCUCCCGCCCCGUGACUUCCCUAAGCUGCCCAUCCAGCUGCUGGAGGACGUGCGGCCCCAGGCCAACGCCGGCCUUUACAUUGUGGCGAUGCGCCUCGCGGGCAUCAAGCGCUCCUCGGCCCUCAAGGUCUUUGAGUGGCUGAACCCUGGCAGCCGCCGCUUCAACCUGGAAAACCUCGAACUCAUCCGAGCGGAGCUCAUGCGGGCGGGGCUGCUGAAGAUGCCUGUGGUGGCGGCACAUCCAAGCUGUGGAGUGGAUGGGCAGAAAGCUUUGGAAGCUGCCAGGAAGCUGCAGGCCACAGUGGUGGAGGACCUGGCCGACCCGUCUGUGACCCACCUCUUGUACCCCAGCGGAGCCUUGUGUAUAGCAGAGGACGACCCUGGCAGCCAGAUGCGCACGCUGCAGACAAGCGGCCAGCGUGCGCGCGUGCACUGGCGGUUCCUGCCCGACAGCUACGCCGAGUGGCUGCCGCUGCGGUCUGCGCCCAACGCCAGCGCGUCCGAGCGCACCCAGCCGCCGGGGAGUGGUCCGUGGCGGGUGUCGUUGCGGUGGGCCCUGGACUCUGAGAAGUUCAACGAGUGGAUGAACCCCCAGGACUAUGAAGCAGAUGAGCAGAAAGCUAAGCAGGUUGCAGCAGCAGAGGCGGCGGCGGCCCUGGGCAACAAGCGCGCCGCGCAGCUGGCGGUGGCGCAGGCGGCGGCCCUGGCGGGCGCCAAGCGCAUCCGCACCGACGCCGAGGUGGACGCGUCAGACCCAGGGGUCGAGGUGGCGCCUGGUGCGGUGAAGCGGCGUGUGAUCAAUCCUCACAAGCCUGUGCUGGACGGCACGGCCAGCGCUGAGAACAUAUCACAGGGACAGCUGGACCCCACUGCGCCCACCCCUAUGUUGGAGCGCCUCCCCCCAGACCGGCGGCAGCAGCAGCAGCAGCAGCAGCAGCAGCAGCAGCAGCAGCAAGAGCAGCAGCAGGGUCAAGGUGAUGCAGCAUCGGCGGAAGCGGCCGAGGGGACCGCGGAGAAGGUUCUCAGCAGGCGCCUUCUGAUGCCCAUGCACGCGGCGUGGUUUUCUUUUGUACAAGUGCACAACAACGAGAAGAAGGUGCUGCCAGAGUUCUGCAGCAACAGCACGUCGGGGCUCACGCUCAAGGCCUACCUGACGAUGCGCAACGGCCUCGUGGAGCUGUACCGCCAGCAGCCGCAACGGCGGCUGACGAUGGAGGAGGCCUCUCGGGCGAUGGCCCAGUAUGACCCCGCGAUUGUUGGCAGGGUAUACCGCUUCCUGGAGUCUUGGGGCCUCAUCAACUGGCUCGCCCCCAGGGCCAUCCCCACGCCCGCAGCCACUGCCCUUCCUGCCGGCACUGACCUCGCGCCAUCAGCCGCGCCUGGCGCAGAGCGCCCGCGGCUGCCGUGGGGUGCUGUGCUCGGCGGGGGCGCCGGCGGGAGCGGGCUGCUGCGGCUGAGGUUCCCAACCGUCGCAGAAGGCGUGGCGGCGGCAUGUGGCGGCGGGACGCUCAACAUGACACAGCGCGAGGCACGCUCCUCCAAGCUUGAGUCGGCCACCACGCUGGCCACCGGCCGCCGCCGCUACUUCUGCAGCGCCAUGCCCUGGGUUGACUGCACCCCCCUGCGCUACCACUGCACCAAGGUGCCGGGCAUCGACCUCUGCCCCCAAGCGUAUGCUGAGGGACGAUUUCCGCCUGGCUGCAGCGUGGCCGACUUUGCGCGGCUGGAAGGCGGGGCGGAUCGGAACGCGCCGGAUGCAACAGCAGGCGCCACUGCCUGGACGCCUCAGGAGACCCUGCUGCUGCUCGAGGGCUUGGACAUGCAUGGCGACCAAUGGCCGGCUGUUGCUGAGCACGUGGGCACGCACGGCGUUUUGGAGUGCAUCACGCACUUCCUGCAGCUGCCCAUCGAGGACGACUUUCUGGACGAGCUGGAGCGCCGGGCGACGGCCGCGCCCGGGCAGGAUGGCGACGGUGCAGGGGUGCCGCAGGAAGUGGAGCAGCAGCAACAGCUGCUGCGGCAGCGUGAGGAGGAGGAGGGCAUCAGGUUGUUGGACACUCUGUGA